UCUCUCUCUCUCUCUCUCUCCAUCCUCCCCGUUUUCCAAAUUUCGAACCCCACAAAAACUAGAAGGAAGAAAGGAAUUCUCUCUCUCUCUCUGAAACGCACAUGGCGGCUCUGAACAGAGACCAGUACGUGUACAUGGCGAAGCUCGCCGAGCAAGCUGAGAGGUACGAGGAAAUGGUUCAGUACAUGGAACAGCUGGUGACGGGUUCGACCCCGGCCGCUGAGCUCAGUGUGGAGGAGCGGAAUCUCCUCUCUGUCGCGUACAAGAACGUGAUCGGUUCACUCCGAGCAGCCUGGCGCAUAGUGUCAUCGAUUGAGCAGAAGGAGGAGAGUCGCAAGAACGACGAGCACGUGGCGCUGGUCAAAGACUACAGAUCCAAGGUGGAGACGGAGUUAUCCGCUGUGUGUGCCGGCAUUCUCAAGCUGUUGGACUCGCAUCUGAUCCCAUCUGCGGUAGCUAGCGAAUCCAAGGUGUUUUACCUCAAGAUGAAAGGAGAUUAUCACCGCUACUUGGCGGAAUUCAAGGUCGGGGAUGAGAGGAAAGCGGCCGCCGAGGAUACGAUGCUUGCGUAUAAGACAGCACAGGAUAUUGCACUGGCUGAUCUUCCUCCAACUCAUCCGAUAAGGCUGGGACUGGCUCUCAACUUCUCAGUAUUUUACUAUGAGAUUCUAAAUUCAUCAGAGAAGGCCUGUAGCAUGGCAAAACAGGCCUUCGAAGAAGCCAUAGCUGAGCUGGAUACACUGGGUGAGGAAUCCUACAAAGACAGCACUCUCAUCAUGCAAUUGCUGAGGGACAAUCUCACUCUCUGGACUUCAGACAUGCAGGAGCAGAUUGAUGAGGCCUAAAUGUUUGGAUUGUUUUGCACUUCCAGAUGGGUGGACUUCGAUGACCUCUGUAAUCUGACUUGUCAGAUAUGUUCUCUAUAUGCACAGGUGUAGUCAUAAUGAUUUUUGUAUUCAAACAUGCUUUGGUUUUUCAUCUUUUCCUGAAAAAUUCUAUGGAUAUCUAUAGUUACAUGUUUUCCAGACAGCUUUUGAGGAGGAAUGAUAUUAUAAUUCCUACUUCCUACUUGAAUGAUUAUUAAUCAGUCUUUAUAAAUUUUGUGUUUGUGGAAUA